AGCGACGCCGUUGAAAGCAUUAACUAAACUUUCACAAUGUUUACAAGCCGAAAGGGAGGGCGUUACGCAUAACUUCAAUAUAAAAAAUACAGCUUUCCCACUUUUUUUCUACAGUAGUACAAAGCAAACAAAUUGUCCAAGACAGUAACACACCGUUUAGAAACAGAUAGAGCAGUCUCGCCUUGCAGUUUACACUGGGCGUGGCUUUAGCAACCAAGUCAAAAAGCUUGUCUUGGGUUUAAAAAAAAAAAAAAAAAAGAUUGGUCAGGAAAUCCUUAAGAAGACGCAGGCAACAGGGGUGAACAAAUCGAGCUACAAAAAAGGUGUACAAUUAAAAAAACCUGAGAUUUGAUUCUACCUGCCCGGUCUACCUGCCCCCAGCUUUAUUGGCUCCCUGUGCAAUGCUGCUGGACGAGCGGAAUGUCACUCUUCUCAAACAGAACCUGCAGCACACGCUCACUUACUGGAGCGUGUUCUUCAGUUUCGGACUCUGCAUCGCUUUGCUCGGUCCGACCAUCCUGGAUCUGCGGUGCCAGACACAGUCCACCUUGCAGGAGAUCACAUGGGUGUUUUUCUCGCAGCAAUUCUGUCUGCUGAUCGGCAGCGCCGUUGGAGGAAUAUUCAAAAAGACGUUAUUCUGCUCCUUGACUGCUCUCUUUGUCUCCUCUCUGCUCAUCUCGGUAGUCUUUGCCAUCAUCCCGCUGUGCCACAAUGUCCUGCUGCUGGCAGUGGUCAUGGCGGUGGCAGGGCUGGCUAUGGGCGUCAUCGACACCAUCGCCAACAUCCAGCUGGUUAAGCUCUACCAGAAGGACUCGGCCGUCUUCCUGCAGGCUCUGCAUUUCUUCAUUGGCCUGGGCGCCCUGGUGAGCCCCCUCAUUGCGGACCCUUUCCUCUCAGAGACCAACUGCUUGCAGGGCAACAACACCAGCAACGCCACCGAGGUCAUGCACCACAUCCGGCACACGCUGACCAGCCCGUCUGCCAGUAACCUGUCCCAGUACGAGCUGCCCAUGGAGGGAGAGGUGGUCACCCAGGUCUCCUACGCAUUCUGGAUCAUGGCUCUGAUCAACCUGCCUGUGCCCAUUGCCGUGUUCCUGCUGAUGAAGAGGGAGAGCAUGGUACCCUGCUGUAGGAGCUCUAGCCCCCUUCUCCUCACUCGGGAUGAGCUGGCCAUGGAUACACAAGGCAUGGACGCACAGGACCCACCCAGCAAGCACUCCGACAUGGAAGGUCACGGCAGUCUGUUCAGUUGCUGUCGGGGGGAGCAGCUCCAGGACGUGCCCGUGUCUUUCUUUGGAAUCUACAUCUUGGGCGGGCUGGUGCUGUUCAUGACCGAUGGCAUCGUGGGGGAGUACUCUGGCUUUGUGUAUAGCUAUGCAGUAGCCAACCCCAUGAAUAUGGCCCACAAGACGGCUGGCUGUUUGGCCAGUGUGUUUUGGGCGGCCAUCACCGUGGGCAGGCUGGGGGCCAUCCCGCUCUCCUAUCGAUUCAAACCCGCCGGCUUGCUGCUUGUGAACCUGAGUGGGGUGAUUGUCACGGUCUUGCUGCUCCUGAUCUUCUGUAAGAGCACAGCGUUCCUCUUCGUGGGGACCUGGUUCCUGGGCAUGUUCCUUAGCAGCAUCUUCCCCUGCAUGCUGGCCUAUACAGAGGACAUCCUGGAAUACCAAGGCUGUGCUACGACUGUUUUAGUGACCAGUGCUGGAAUGGGGGAAAUGGUCUGUCAAGUAAUGGUUGGAUCGAUCAUUCACAUUAAGGGCAGCUACAGCUUCCUGUUGUCAGGAUUGAUCAUUGGCUGCCUGGGCUUCAUCCUUUUCUUCAUCCAGCUCUUCUUCCACAGAACGUACAAGCAGCAUCUCACAGUGGGGUUCGGAAAAACACACACCGUGGAAUAGGCAGCACCGCAACCAUGAAGGAAAGGAGAGACGCGCAAGAAACUGCACCCGGGGGCAGAGGAUCACAGGACUGCUGAAGCCACAGAGGAGCACUUCUAAAUGCCACAGAGCUUUCUCUACUGGAGCCCCUGCCACUGCUUUCCUGUAAUGUACAGUAUAGAGACAAUCAGAUAUUAGGCUAAUUUAUUGGAGUAUUUGUUGUAUCCUUUUCACAGUGAUAAUGUUUCACCCUGAAUACAUUGUUAUGCAAUUCACUUUUUGACAAAGCUGAGGUGUUCACCCAUAUAUAUGUAUCUAACAUAAAUAAAUUUCUGACAAUGAGGCUGUGACUUAAACAGGUUUACAGAAUAAAAAAUCACAACACAAAAUGUCAACUACUUAUAAUUGCCCCCCCCUCCCCCUCAUAGAUAAGGCAGUGCUUAGAGUUUUCUUGACGGUGUUUGCCAGGUUGAUUUCUCAGGGAUGGAUUCCAAGGCAUGGCUCCCUUCCCACUGUGCUCCAGCUUGUGUAUUUGUUGUAUGCUGUGAGAUUGACAUCCCUUUCCUGAGAGGGUUUCCUCCAGUUGUUUUCAGGGAUUCUGUUUUCUCUGCGUUAGCCAAUCACAGAUGAAGCACCAGCUCUGCUGGCUGCAGCUAGAGUUUCUCUGCUCCAGUCGGACAGGCAGAGACUUCUCUGAGUAAACAGGCUGCAUGAAGGCAGCCCCCUGGUGCACCGAGGGUUAAAGUCAGGGAGGGAGUCCUGGCAGCGGUGGUCCAAACAUAAACCAAAACUCUAAAGAAACCGAAGUAAUCUUCAACCCAUCGAAUGCCAGCAUAAUAGUGGCAACGAUAUUAACUUUUAGUGUAGGUUAUAUAUAAAUACCGUAGCUUCAUACAAAAAGUAACCACCUUAGUUUGUUUACUUAUAGAUUUGGGGGUGAAUUGUGAACAGAGUUUCUUUUUCCUGUAGAUAGAGUUGUACACACGACAUAGUGCUUGUUGCUUCGAGCUCUUCUUUGGUAGCUUCAGAUAUUUUAUUGCUUGCCCUGAGGAAACAAAUGUGUUACUUUUAUAGUGCAGGUCCUAACAGGUCUUGGUUUCCAACUCUCUGUGGAAAAUGCAAAAAAGCUUGGCAGAUAGACAUGUCAGGAGGGUUUAGAGCUGAAUGCGAGAGAAAACACAUCAGCAAACCUAUUGAAAAAUAAAAAUAUAACUAACUGGCCUCAGGAACACAACUAAUAUUUCAUAUCACUCGUUUACACAGAUUAAUAAUUAGUGCUGGGGCGCAAGCAGAGACAAUGAUAAGGGCACAAUUUUGUCAGGCUAAAAAUAUGUAAAUGUAAAAAACUAUUACAAGGA